GAGAAAAGCUUUCAUCAUAUUUCUAUAUUUUUCUGUCCGUUUCUCUUUCUCUCUCCUGCAUUCUCUUCUUGAAUCUCCAUUGCAGACGAUUCGGGAAGGUUUUCUUGGUUGAAAGGGAGAGAGAAAGGGGCAUCGGAAAACAUGAAUGUGAUGCGUCGUCUCAAGAGCGUUGCUUCUGGCCGCUCUUCAGUUUCAGAUCCUGGAGGGGAUUCCAGCAUAAAGAGAGUGAAGGUUGCACAAGAUUUCGAUCAAAGGAUUGCCGGUAAACCCGAGUCCGAAGAAAUAUGCACUACUGCUCCUAUGCACGAAGCUGCUUCUACGUCUCAAGAAGAUGCAUCUGGCAUAUCCUUGGUAGCAAGAUCUGAAAAGUCGGGAUAUGAAGAGCUUCCGAAGGAAAUGCACGAAAUGAAGAUUAAAGAUGACAAAUCCGAUAAUCAGAACAACCUAAAGGAUAUGGAACCCGUUGUUAUUACCGGUAAUGGAACAGAAACGGGCCAGAUAAUAGUAACUACUGUUGGUGGUCGGAAUGGAGAACAGAAACAGGUAUUGUCCUAUAUGGCAGAGCGUGUGGUUGGCACCGGUUCUUUUGGAGUUGUUUUCCAGGCUAAAUGUCUCGAAAGUGGCGAAGCUGUUGCAAUAAAGAAGGUGCUACAAGACAGAAGAUACAAGAAUAGGGAGCUACAGAUUAUGCGCAUGCUCGAACAUCCUAAUGUCGUUCAGUUGAAGCAUUGCUUCUAUUCGACUACCGAGAAUAAUGAAGUGUUCCUUAACCUUGUCCUUGAGUACGUGCCUGAAACCGUUUACCGAGUUUCUAGACACUAUAGCAGAAUGAACCAACACAUGCCUGUUAUAUAUGUCCAAUUGUAUACAUACCAGAUUUGCCGAGCUCUGAAUUAUAUUCACAAUGUAAUUGGUGUGUGCCACCGUGACAUUAAACCACAGAAUCUAUUGGUUAAUCCCAACAGUCACCAGCUAAAGAUUUGCGAUUUUGGGAGUGCAAAGAUGCUGGUGCCUGGUGAACCGAAUAUAUCGUACAUUUGUUCUCGCUACUAUAGAGCGCCCGAAUUGAUCUUUGGAGCUACAGAAUAUACCACGGCAAUUGAUGUGUGGUCUGUUGGUUGUGUUAUGGCUGAGCUACUUCUCGGGCAUCCUCUCUUUCCGGGAGAAAGUGGUGUUGAUCAACUAGUUGAGAUCAUUAAGAUUCUCGGGACACCAACUAGGGAGGAGAUUAAGUGUAUGAAUCCGAACUACACGGAAUUCAAGUUCCCUCAAAUCAAGGCUCAUCCCUGGCACAAGGUUUUCCAUAAAAGAAUGCCUCAUGAGGCAGUGGACCUAGUUUCGAGAUUGCUCCAGUAUUCACCGACUCUGCGCUGUACUGCUUUGGAAGCUUGUGCACACCCGUUCUUCGAUGCUCUAAGGGACCCAAAUGCAAGCUUGCCAAAUGGGAGACCUCUGCCGCCUCUAUUUAACUUUACCCCUCAAGAACUCUCUGGUGUACCUGAUGAACUGCGGAACCGCCUUAUUCCCGAGCAUGCAAGGAAAUGAACUUUUGAAGAGGGUGGUUUAUUUAGGCUCUGUAAAGGUUAGACCCGCCAGCCAGUAUGAUCACUGCUAUUUCGCCCCGGUAAAGGAGGAUGCUUUCCUCCAUUUUUUAAAAAUCUAGUUGAGAAGAAAGGUGAAGGCAAGUUGAUCCAUCAAAGCAUUUUUUAUUUCUUAUUUUUUGGGGAAUUUGCUGGCAAGACUUUGAAGCAAACGUGAAAGGGAUUGCUUGGCAAUGAGAUAUUCUUAUAUUUAUUCGUUAGUUUAUGUGUAAUUAUUUAUGGGAUGUUAGAUCAGCGUUUUGUAGCAGUGUUUAGUUUGUGGGGGUGUUUGUUUGCCUUCAAACUGGACAUAGUCAUAGCCAGAUAUAUUUUGCCGUAGGAUUAUUACCAUUUUGUUUGUUCCCACUUUACUCGUCUCAUAGGAAUGUGAAGAAUCUUUCAUUUUUUUUUUUCAUUAUUGAACGAACUAUGAAUAUUAUUGAACGAACUAUGAAGUUUCACUUUUGGUCUUUUAGUUAAACUAUUGAUAUUGAUUUUGUUGGUGUA